AUCCUACAUCCACUGUUAUCAUGCCUGCACCAUCGAGGGACACCAACAAUAUUUCUACAAGGACAGAGAAGGAUUUUCCGAGGGGUAUACCGCCUCCUCAGACCUUCUCUGACCCAUUCGAACAACGAGCUUUCUUGAAAUUUCGCCUGGCUCAAGCGUAUCGUAUCUUUGCAAAGUAUGGCUAUGAUGAAGGCGUCGCUGGACAUAUUACUGUUCGGGACCCUAUCAGAUCAGAUUGUUACUGGGUCAACCCCUGGGGUGUUCACUUCAAGCUCAUCCAGCCCGAGCUCCUCCUUCUUGUAGACCACGAAGGGAAAAUACAGGAAAAGGAAUCUGGGCCCUCCCGGUACCUCAAUCGGGCGGCAUAUAUGAUCCAUUCAGCGGUUCAUGAAGCUCGCCCUGAUAUUCUCUGUGCUGCGCAUUCGCACACUAUACAUGCUAAGGCGUUCAGCGCUCUUGGGGUGCCCCUUGAUCCUAUUACUCAGGACAGCUGUGCAUUUUAUAAGGAUCAUUCCCUAUAUAGCGAGUUUCGUGGCAUCGUCGAGGACCAUGAGGAAGGUCUGGCUAUAGCAAAUGCUCUGGGUCCAAACAAGGCUGUUAUCCUCCAGAACCACGGGAUCCUUGUCGCCACCAAAUCGAUUGAAUCAACCGUCUUCUUUUUCAUCUCUUUGGAAAAGUGCUGCCAGGUUCAAAUGCUAGCGGACCAGGCCGCCGCUGCUCGUGGACUGAAACCAAGCGUUAUUGAUCCAGAAAAUGCGGCUGACACGCAUAAACAUCUUGGAUCUGAGAUGGGAGGCUGGUUCAACGCGAUUCCCGAGUUUCAGCUCUUGGAACACGAGGAAGGAAAGAAAUUCGAGUACUUGCCUGCACAGAAGGAGAAUAUGUAGCUGACCUAUUUACCAAUUCGGAGUCCCUAAGCACCUAGCAAUAUCCCUGUCAGUUCUUUGAUCUACUAAAACAUGGCUAGGUAAUGCAAAAUGAAUGCUAAGUUAUCAUUUC